AUGCAAGAAGAUGAAAAUACGUCAAUUAACAAAGAUAGCAAUCUGUCAGGAUCCUUCGACAAGCCCUUAUCUGCAGACUUAAAAUCUCCCCCUUUCCCUCUAAUGAGCUUCCUAAUGGUGCUGUUUUUUGCAAUUUGCAGCAUUGCAUCCAUGCUGACUGGAUUUUAUGUAAAAAACUCUUAUAGAAGUAUAGCAAAAGCGGUUCCACUUUGGCUUCUCGGUGGAUUUUUCUUUUUGCUUUUCCUAACAGCUUCUUUAUGCUAUGCUUCAAAAAUUCAGCGUCGACAAAGACGAGGAGUUGAAAUUUAUGCAAAAGUUAGAUAGGCAUAAUAUGGCGACCGAGCAGUUCUCUCACGCAUGCAUCUCCGGGCAUGGUUUUUGGAGCUGUGAGCUAGCCCAAAAGUGCUAGGAGCCUCGAAGUGAGAGGCCCGAACAUGAAGGUACUUGCUUGUGACUUGAUCCAAUAUGCAGUUACUUAUGUCUCCUUUUCCAGGCAAUGUCUGGCUACCUGCUCAAGCUACUGAUGUGACUCGCCCAAAAUUGCGGAAGCGAUUGAGUAUUUUUCUAUAUGAUAACGGCGAGUUAGACGACUAUUUACAGUCCCUCCACUUAAAAGUGCCUAAAAAUUGGGCGAUCUCGUCAGGAGCUAAGGCAGGAAUGGCUUAACUAUGGGGGAAGGGACUGAGUUGGAAACGGUGAUGCCCAACCAAGGUUCAUACCAGCAGGGCAUGCCACUACUAAGAAGCAGAGUUUCUGCCUGGGCUUAGAGGUGCGAGAUUCUGAGUCACUUUACUUUGCUUGUGCUAACCUGAUCUAAAUUUAUGCAAAAGUUAACACUGAUGAAGCAAAUAAUUAA